AUGAAUAUGAGGACACCGGCUUCACUUCUGAAUGAAGAUGAUCCAGAUAUUAUUCCCAUUGUCCAGAACCAAGAAGUUGACUUUUCGGAGUAUAUGUGGAUGGAAGAGAUGGAGGAGUUUGAUAGGCAGGUAGAAGAAGAACUGCAAGAACAAGAUUUAAUAGAGCAGUGUUUCGAAGAUCUAUAUGAAAUGGAACAGAUAGCCUCAGAAAUCCUUUCGAGAUCACCAGUUGAGAAUGCUUUCAUUACAUUUGACUCAUCACAUGCUGGGUUGAGAACUGUUGGUAUGGUUCGUGCUAGACAAGAACAUGCUGUGCCUCUUGCAAGUCAGGAGGAGGUGAUCAUCUCUAGCAAGCUGAAUCCAUUAGCUCCCGAAUUCUUCCCAAGGAAGCCGUGCUAA